UUCUACUAAUUUAAUGGCUUCUCUUCUGCCUAGCGUGCGCCUAAACCCUGCUUCCGAACGAUCAACGGUCGACUACGCUUCGAGAGAAGCAAAGAUUGAAAAUCCGAAGAGCCAUCUGACUCUCCGUCGUAAAGCUUCCAGCUUUGGAAACGGAACGAUGUCGAAUUCUGAGCCGCGCUUAAAACUCAGGAAGAGGGUUCGAGAAAAGAGAGAAGAAGCCCUUGAAGAUAUGGAAGAUCUCUUCAGCGAAGGAGAAACCCAGAAAAUCAGGGUCUCUUUGCUUGAUUGGUACGACAAGAACCAGAGAGAUCUUCCAUGGAGGAGGAGAAGGAGCGAAAACGGGGAAGAGGAAGAAGAAGAAGGUGAGAAGGAGAGAAGAGCUUACGAGGUGUGGGUGUCGGAGGUGAUGCUGCAGCAAACUAGGGUUCAGACAGUGAUGGAGUAUUACAAACGUUGGACGCAUAAAUGGCCCACCAUUGAUGACCUAGCUCAGGCGUCGCUUGAGGAGGUAAACGAUAUGUGGGCAGGAUUGGGAUACUAUAGGCGAGCACGUUUUCUGUUAGAGGGUGCUAAGAUGAUUGUUGCGGGGAAAGAGGGAUUUCCUAAUCAAGCUUCAGCCUUGCGGAAAGUUAAAGGAAUAGGAGAGUACACAGCUGGAGCUAUUGCCUCCAUUGCUUUCGGCGAGGUGGUUCCCGUAGUUGAUGGAAACGUGAUCAGAGUGCUUUCCAGACUAAAGGCCAUUUCAGCUAAUCCAAAAGACCGAAAUACAGUGAAGAACUUUUGGAAAUUAGCUGCUCAGCUAGUGGAUCCUUCCCGUCCUGGGGAUUUCAACCAGUCUCUCAUGGAGCUUGGUGCCACUCUUUGCACUCCUCUGAACCCAGGCUGCUCUUCUUGUCCAGUUUCUGUUCAGUGCCGUGCAUAUUCACUUUUCCAGCAAAAUGGGCGUAUUCCCGUGACAGAUUAUCCAACAAAGGUGGUAAAAGCCAAGCAAAAACAUGACUUUUGUUGUGUCAGCGCUGUUGAAAUUCUGAAUCAGGAGAGAAACAGAUCAGGAAGCCGAUUUCUUCUCGUAAAGAGGCCAAAUGAGGGUCUCCUUGCUGGUCUGUGGGAGUUUCCUUCUGUUAUAUUGAACGAGGAAGCUGAUUUGACCUCGAGGAGGAAAGAAAUCGACCGUUAUUUGAGGAAAACGUUUCAGCUAGAACUAAAGAAAACACAUACUGUUGUUUCAAGAAAGGAUCUUGGGGAAUUUGUCCACAUUUUCACUCACAUACGCCGUAAAGUUUAUGUGGAGCUCUUGGUUCUGUGUCUUGAAGGUGAAACAAAUGUGUUGCUUGAAGAACAGUCCAAGGACACUCAAACAUGGAAGUUUGCAGACAGUGAUGUUCUUUCUACCAUGGGAUUGACAUCGGCUGUGAGAAAGGUGUACUUAAUGGUUGAGGAGUAUAAGAAAGGCUUAUCUCUUGAUUCCACCCGGUCAAGUAAAACAAUUACGUCGAGGUCGAGGGAACGUAACCUAUAGUAACCUCCAUCAUCAUGACCUGUGAAAAAAAGUUUCCCCAUUUGGACAAAAAGCAUGGGAGGAAAAGAAUCGGGAAGUAUACAGAGUGAGUCUUGGAGUCUCUCGUAAGUUUUCAUCAGAUGAGAAGAUUUUGUUUGGGAUUGAUCGAUUGAGAUGAUAUCUUGGGUUUGUAAUUGAAUGAAUCCACAUGUUGGUGUAGAGUUCUUUUCUUUUUCUUUUCUCAGGUUGCACCCUGUGUAAGACUCUGACUGCAAACACAUUCAGCAACCCAGAUGAUGAUGAUGAUGAAUUCCUGAAAUAUUCAACAUUUUGAUUGAUUCAA